AUGGGUCUUGUCACCGAGUGCAAGUGCCAAGACGAAAGUCAGACGAAAUCAAAGCAGCUGGACAGCGAUAAACUGAACCCCCUCACCAUCCCUUCUGUUUCAAAGCGGGUAGUGCUGGGGGAUUCCGUCACCACGGCAGGAGCUGACCAACAGGGUGGAGUGGCUGAAGCAAAGGGGACCCAACUGGGAGACAAACUGGACUCUCUCAUUAGGCCACCUGAAUGCAGUCCUGAUGUCAACAUUGAGCUCCGGCAUCGGAACCGAGGGGACCUGACCUCGGUCCCUGUCCAGAGGGCUUCUCGCCACGGCCUGGAACAGUACCUCUCCAGAUUUGAAGAGGCAAUGAAGCUACGGAAGCAGCUCAUCAGGGAGAAGCCCAGUCAAGAAGAUGGCAGUACACCAGAAGAAUUUGACUCUUUUCGAGUAUUUCGAUUGGUGGGAUGUGCUCUUCUUGCCCUUGGAGUCAGGGCUUUUGUUUGCAAAUAUUUGUCCAUAUUUGCUCCAUUUCUUACUUUACAACUUGCAUACAUGGGACUAUACAAAUAUUUUCCCAAGGGUGAGAAGAAAAUAAAGACAACAGUACUAACGGCGGCACUUCUGCUAUCGGGAAUUCCUGCUGAAGUGAUCAAUCGAUCGAUGGAUACCUACAGCAAAAUGGGCGAGGUCUUCACAGAUCUCUGUGUCUACUUUUUCACUUUCAUCUUUUGUCAUGAACUGCUUGAUUAUUGGGGCUCAGAAGUACCUUGAAGCCUACAGAACUUGGAAGGAGCUUACCAGCAAUCAUUUCUCUUGUAUACUGCAGUAUCUCUAAAGAAGGCAAGCUGGUUACACCUUUAUGUAAUUCUUUUAUAUCUGUGGGUGGUAAAAUCACUCAAUUAGGAAGGGAAUGGCAGCUUCCCUGAUUUAAAAUGAUCUCGUUUGUAGUAGUACUGAUGUGAAGCAUAGACUACUGAAGGAUGUGAAUUGAUUUUUCUUGAUUAGAUUCCUAGUCUUUACCUUUCCUUCACCUUCUCAGAGUUGUAAUCCUACUUUUGAGGGCUGAGCUAAUGCUUUUAGGAGGGCAGGUAAACAUGGUCUCAGCCAAUCCUUAAGAACUGCUUCUUGUAUUGUGUCAUGCUGUCCUAAGAAAGGGAGCCAUAAUAAAAACAAGUGUCUAAUGUUAA